AUGUCUUCGUCUCCGUCGGCGGACAGCUCUGCCCUGCACCUCCGCAAGCCCCUUGUCACUAGCAAGGGCGCGGGCGGCGACAUGUCCAUGAUGUUCUUCGCCCAGCCUGACUGCCCCGCGAGGUUUGCCCACCAGGACGAGCACCGCAUCAGAGGCCUUAACGCCGAAGCCAUCGCCCGAGUCCUCCUGCCGGUGCCCUCGUGGCUGCUAGAGUCGGAGUAUGCACCCCUCCGGGCCGAGGGCGACGAUCUAGGGCCCUCCCUCUUCUUUAGUCUAAACCUCUCCAUCUACGGCCAGCCGGUCGUCGAUACAGACUGGUCCGAGCAGUGGUUCUUUAUGAGCGGCCGCGUUCACCCCUACGCCCUCUCCUGGGAGGUGGAGCGCCGCGACGGGCUCGAGGCCGGCCCGGACGAUACUAUUCUCUACACCGUGCCCGCCCUUAUUGUCCGCGACCAAGGUUACCAGCCCGUCCUGCCGCGCUCCUUGGCCUCUAGCGGCCAGUUCCCGUCUACGCCUCCCGUUGUCUCCUUCCAUGGCGCAGUAGCCGGGCCUGGCCUCGACCUCCUACGUCCAGACUUCCUGCCCGGUCUCGGGCCCGACCAGCUCCGCUGCUGCGGCUUCGUCCGGCUCACGACCUACAUCGCCCCUGGCCUGCCGGACAGGAUUCCAUUUAAGGCUACCACCCCUUCGAGGCGCCAGACCCCAUCCGCCUCCUCUACCUUCGAUUCCGUCCGCGCCGCCUUGUACUCCGUUGCCGCGCCGGCCUCGGCCACGUCGGCCCCCCCUUCCUCGGCCUCGGCCCCGACCGCCCCCGACCCCGUCACGCCGCCGCCUAAGCGCUCCCACCCGGCCCUUGCCGAUACGCCCAUGAAGAGGGCGCGCUUACAGCAGCAGCAUUCGCCGCCUUCUUCGUCUUCGGACACCGUCGGCCCCGCCGCCCCCUCCUCCUGUCCCCCGCCAGCCGCUUCUUCGUCUCGACUGGACGGCAUCCCGCCCGCUCCCGCUCCCGCUCCCCCGCCUUCCCUUCGACUCUAUCGUCGCGAGCACCUCCGACCCGCCCGCUCGCCCUCUCCGCUAUCGCAUGCAGAAAUAAGCUGCCUACUAUAA